AUGGAAACGGUUCCUUGGAGAGUAAUCCUGCUUGUCAUCGCCUUUGUUGUCCUAGGUCAUGGAGUGCGCGCGGAGCAGGAGUACGAGAUGACCAUCGAGAAGCUGGAGCGAAUGAAUGACAACGGUGAGUACUUCACGUACAACUACACGUACGACAAGUUGACGGAGAUGAAGUACAGCGUCUCCGCCAACGUGCACCAGCAUAAGGAGCUGGACAGUAGCUUCUCGGUGAAGGCGCUGAUGGCCCGAGCCGAUCUAGCCGAGGGCAGCGAGUUCGAGGUGAUGCUGGACCUUCAAAAACCGCUCUGCGAGUGGAUGACUACGAUCUACAAGACGUACUUCUACGAGGAGCUGGAGAAGGUGAGCAACUUUCCGCACUACGACACGUGCCCACUUCCCCCGGCCGAGUACUGGGUGAAGGAGUACGUGUUCGACUACGAGCCGUACAAGGAUAUGAUGUCCGAAGGCCGCUGGAAGGUUGAGAUGAUGCUGUUGAAAGGAGACGUCGUUUGUUCGGGAAUUUUGAUGAUCAACACCGUCAAACUGAAGACAUAGGAAGGACGACGCUAGGAUCGGAUGAUGGCGUUUGUAUAAUUGGCUUUCAAUAAAUGUAUUUCUUUGU